AUGGAGCCCCCCACCCUGAGGAAAGCCGGCUCCAAGCAGGAGGAGGCCUUUGGGGUGCAGCCCCGGAGGGUCGCUGACCUGGGCACGGUCCCCAGUCUCCGGCGCAGCAACAGCAGCCUGCGCAAGGUCAGGAGGUCCCAGAACCUCUUUGGCAACAGUGAGAAGCAAGAAAGUCUCAGUUCGUGGAUCCCCGAAAAUAUCAAGAAGAAGGAAUGCAUGUACUUUGUGGAGAGCUCCAAACUGUCUGACGCUGGGAAGGUGGUGUGCGAGUGUGGCUACACACGCCAGCAGCACUUGGAGGAGGCUACCAGGCCCCACACUUGGCAGGGCAAGGAUUGGGACCCAAAAAAGCAUGUCCAGGAGAUGCCAACGGACGCCUUUGGUGACAUUGUUUUCACGGGCCUGGGCCAGAAGGUGGGGAAGUACGUUCGCCUCUCCCAGGACACACCCCCCAGCGUGAUCUACCACCUGAUGACCCAGUAUUGGGGCCUGGACGUCCCCAACCUCCUCAUCUCGGUGACAGGCGGGGCCAAGGACUUCAACAUGAAGCCCAGGCUGAAGAGCGUCUUCCGAAGAGGCCUGGUCAAGGUGGCCCAGACCACAGGGGCCUGGAUCAUCACCGGCGGCUCCCACACGGGUGUGAUGAAACAGGUGGGCGAGGCGGUGCGUGACUUCACGCUGAGCAGCAGCCACAACGAAGGAGAAGUCGUCACCGUCGGAGUGGCCACGUGGGGCACCGUGCACAACCGUGAAGACCUGAUCCACCCCUCGGGCGGCUUUCCUGCCGAGUACGUCAUGGACGAGGAAGGCCAAGGGCACCUGACCUGCCUGGACAGUAACCACUCCCACUUCAUCCUUGUGGACGACGGGACCCACGGCCGCUACGGGGUCGAGAUUCCCCUGAGGACGAGGCUGGAGAAGUUCAUAUCAGAGCAGACAAAGGAAAGAGGAGGAGUGGCCAUCAAGAUCCCCAUAGUCUGUGUGGUGCUGGAGGGGGGACCCGGCACACUGCAUACCAUCUAUAACGCCAUCACCAACGGCACCCCCUGCGUGGUGGUGGAGGGCUCGGGCCGCGUGGCCGACGUCAUCGCCCAGGUGGCCGGCCUGCCCAUAUCUGAGGUCACCAUCUCCCGGAUCCAGCAGAAGCUGAGUGUGUUCUUCCAGGAGGUGUUUGAGACCCUCACUGAGAGCAGGAUUGCGGAAUGGACCAAGAAGAACUGCAGGCUGGACUGGGGAACGGACGGGGCUGACAGCACAGCUGUUUGGGAGCGAGGACUGCCUGGGUCGGGAGGCAGGAGGCGGCUGUUGAGCCCAGCGCAGGGCAGAGGGGUAGAGGGCGAGCUUCAGGCGGUGCGGGGCUGCCGGGUGACGGCCACGGGAUCUGGCGCAGCCUCCAAGCCUGCCUCUCGGAGCCAUGACCACUUUGGCCACGAGAACUGGGACCACCAGCUGAAGUUAGCGGUGGCGUGGAACCGCGUGGACAUCGCCCGGAGCGAGAUCUUCACCGACGAGCGGCAGUGGAAGCCUUCAGAGCUGCACCCCGUGAUGACGGCCGCCCUCAUCUCCAACAAGCCCGAAUUCGUGAAGCUCUUCCUGGAGAACGGGGUGCGGCUGAAGGAGUUCGUCACGUGGGACACCCUGCUCUACCUGUACCAGAACCUGGACCCCUCCUGCCUGUUCCACAGCAAGCUUCAGAAGGUGCUGGCCGAGGAGCCGGAGCGGCCGGUCUGCACGCCCCCCGCCCCCCGUGUGCAGAUGCACCACGUGGCUCAGGUGCUCCGGGAGCUGCUGGGGGACUUCACGCAGCCGCUGUACCCCCGGCCCCGGACCGGCGACCGGCCGCGGCUCCUGCUUCCCGUGCCGAACAUCAAGCUAAACGUGCAGGGAGUGAGUCUCCGGUCCCUCUACAAGCGUUCACCAGGCCACGUGGCCUUCACCAUGGACCCAGUCCGUGAUCUUCUCAUUUGGGCCAUCAUCCAGAACCGUCGGGAGCUGGCAGAAAUCAUCUGGGCACAGAGCCAGGACUGCAUUGCCGCGGCCUUGGCCUGCAGCAAGAUCCUGAAGGAGCUGUCUAAGGAGGAGGAGGACACGGACAGCUUGGAGGAGAUGCUGGCUCUCGCUGAUGAGUAUGAACACAGAGCCAUCGGGGUGUUCACCGAGUGCCACCGGAAGGAUGAGGACCGAGCUCAGAAGCUGCUCACCCGCGUGUCGGAGGCCUGGGGCAAGACCACCUGCCUGCAGCUAGCCCUGGAGGCCAAGGACAUGAAGUUCGUGUCUCACGGAGGCGUCCAGGCCUUUCUAACCAAGGUGUGGUGGGGCCAGCUCUGCGUGGACAACGGGCUCUGGCGGGUGAUCGUGUGUAUGCUGGCCUUCCCGUUGCUCUAUACCGGCCUCAUCUCCUUCAGGGAGAGGAGGCUGCAGGCCGGGCCGGGUCUGCCCCGGGUCCGAGCCUUCUUCAAUGCCCCCGUGGUCAUCUUCCACCUCAACAUCCUGUCCUACUUUGCCUUCCUCUGCCUGUUCGCCUACGUGCUCAUGGUGGAUUUCCAGCCCACACCCUCGUGCUGCGAGUACCUCAUUUACUUCUGGCUCUUCUCCCUCGUGUGCGAGGAGCUGCGGCAGCUCUUCUAUGACCCUGAUGAGUUCGGGCUGAUGAAGAUGGCCCUCCUGUACUUCAGUGACUUCUGGAAUAAACUGGAUAUCGGUGCCAUCUUGCUGUUCAUAGCAGGACUGACCUGCAGGCUCAUACCAGCGUUGCUGUACCCCGGGCGCAUCAUCCUCUCUCUGGACUUCAUCAUGUUCUGCCUCCGGCUGAUGCACAUUUUCACCAUCAGUAAGACACUGGGGCCCAAGAUCAUCAUCGUGAAGCGGAUGAUGAAGGACGUCUUCUUCUUCCUCUUCCUGUUGGCGGUGUGGGUGGUGUCUUUCGGGGUGGCCAAGCAGGCCAUCCUCAUCCACAACGAGAGCCGGGUGGACUGGAUCUUCCGGGGGGUCGUCUACCAGUCGUACCUCACCAUCUUCGGCCAGAUGCCGGCCUAUAUCGACGAACCCGCUGCUCGACCCAGGAUCGCGACCAUUUAUGGACCCAAGAUCGCGGACUAUUUGCUCUACACAUUCCAGCAGGUCCAGGAGCACACGGACCAGAUCUGGAAGUUCCAGCGUCACGACCUGAUAGAGGAGUACCAGGGCAGGCCCCCCGCGCCUCCCCCCUUCAUCCUCCUCAGCCACCUGCAUCUCUUCAUCAAAAGGGUGGUCCUGAAGAUCCCCGCCAGGCGGCGCAAGCAGCUCAAGAGCAAGCUGGAGAAGAACGAGGAGGCCGCCCUUCUGUCCUGGGAGAUCUACCUGAAAGAGAGCUACCUGCAGAACCAGCAGUACCAGCAGAAGCAGAGGCCGGAGCAGAAGAUUCAAGACAUUGGCAAUAAGGUCAGCACCAUGGUGGACCUGCUGGAAAUGGAAAGUCUGAAGCGCUCAGGCUCCAUGGAGCAGAGACUGGCCUCCCUGGAGGAGCAGGGCCGUAGUGGGGAGCCCCCCUUCGGGGCUGGUGGCGUUCAGUCUGGUCUUGGGGAGGCGGAGGUGGCCCAGUUCUGGGGAAAGGACCAUCGAGGACGCCCCUGUCCUGUGGGCCAGGUGCCUGAGCCGGGGCCCGGCUUUGCCCACGGCUCCCUGUGGCUGUUCCCAGCACCCCAGAAGGCCUCAGAGGGGCAGGACCUCGAGCCGGACGGCAGACAGGAGGAGGAGGACGUGGGCGACACCCACCACGUGAACGCCCGGCACCUCCUGUACCCCAACUCCCACGUCACCCGUUUCCCCGUGCCCAACGAGAAGGUGCCCUGGGAGACGGCGUUUCUCAUCUACGACCCGCCCUUUUACACAGACGACAGGAAGGACAGGGGCUUGGUGGACCCCGUGGGAAACGCCCUGGAGCCUCUGUCCGGGAUCAGCUACAAUGCCGUGGACGGACCCAUAGACCGGCGGAGCUUCCACGGGGUCUACGUGGUUCAGGACGGGCUCCCUCUGAACCCCAUGGGCCGCACAGGACUGCGUGGACGUGGAAGCCUCGGUUGCUUUGGACCCAACCACACGCUGCAGCCUGUGAUCACCCGGUGGAGGCGGAACCAGGAUGGAGCCAUCUGCAGGAAAAGCAUAAAGAAAAUGCUCGAAGUGCUGGUCGUAAAGCACUCCCUCUCGGAACACUGGGCCUUGCCAGGGGGCUCCCGGGAACCAGGAGAGAUACUGCCCCGGAAGCUGAAGCAGGUCCUCCGUAGAGAGUUCUGGUCUUCCUUCCAGAACUUGCUGACGCAGGGCACAGAGGUAUACAGAGGGUACGUGGACGACCCAAGGAACACGGACAACGCCUGGAUUGAGACCGUGGCCAUCAGCAUCCACUUCUCAGACCAGAGCGACAUGGACCUGAAGAGGCUGAACUCUCACCUGCAUGCCUGUGACCCCGGGAUGUCCGUCCGAUGGCAGGUCGUGGACAGGCGCAUCCCGCUGUAUGCCAACCACAAGACCAUCCUCCAGAAGGUGGCCACUUUGUAUGGGGCUUUCUACUGACCCAUGGACUCUGGCCGGGUCCCGAUGCCGGGGGUGGGUGAGGCUGGUCUACCCACAGCCCCCUUGGAAGCUCGGCUGCCAGGG